AUGUCGGAAUAUCGCAGAGAAGCGUUGAAAAACAAGUACGGCGGCUUACCCUCUGCUCCGAAACGGCCAGGCAAAAGUAAUUUGUAAGUAUAAAUAAUUCAAUUUUCUGUGACUUGUAUACCGUUUGAUCUGAUUCUUUCCCUCAUUCAGUGCUCCUGGAGGAAUUCGCCGGAAGAGAGAUUACACGCCGCUGUCAUGGGAAGGGUAUUUCGAAACUUCAAGAGAUGUUCGGGUCAGCGAAAAAAAUGUAUCCUUUCUUCGUUGAUCGAGGUAGACUCUUAUGUACUAUUCUGUUACUGAAUGCAGACUUGUUACAAAAUUCGUGCACUCAAACUUUUAUUUUGAACAAGUAAAUGUGCAUGCAUAAACACAAAGCUAGAGAUGUUAGAGGUAAGACUGAAACUUUGUUUUGUUUUGUUUUAUGAACUUUAUUGGUCUGAGUCUCUCUCAAUAAAUAGUUACAGUAACGAAAAAAAAUAAUACUAAAAAAAGGCCAAAAGGUAAGGGGCAAACGGGACCUCCCAUGCAGGGCACUUCCCAACUAAAUCAGUAAAAAUCUUAAGAAAUGUGUAUUAAACUAUAGUGGCACUCACAAUUACGUGCAAGACCCCAUGAACUUCAAAGACAUUUGCUAAUUCAUCUUUGUACAAGUCAGUUAUACUAUUCUUUAAAGUCUUCAUGUUUAGAAAGUCACUGGGCUGAAUUAAUUUACAUAUUUGGUUCCAUAAUUUAAUACUGCGAUUUAAAAAUCAACAUGUAAUAAAAUUACUUAACGUGGUUUUAAGAUAUUUCGAGUUUACCAGGCUGGAAGUAAUGGACCGUUAUUACUGUUGCUCCAUGGUGGAGGGCAUUCUGCUUUAUCAUGGGCUGUCUUUACAGUGAGUAUAAUUCAAAGUUUAUACUCCGUGACUCACUGAGUUAUUACUUUUUUACACAUUUUAAGCGUCGACGAUCUGUUGAUUAGUUAAGUUGAAAGAAAUCCCAGAUUUCAUGAAAUUCUUAAUUGAAUAACCACAAAGGUUAAUACAAAAAUGCAUGUAAGGAGAAAAGUGCAGUUAUAUAUUUAAAUGUAUAUUAGGUAUUUACAACUUAAUAUGUACACCUAAACUCAGGAGAUUUCUUUUCCUUCAGAAAGCGAUCUCUGGAAUAUGCCAUUGUCAGAUCGUGGCAAUAGAUCUAAGAGGUCAUGGUGAGUAUUGUAAAAAGUUAAAAUUACCGAGAAGUUAACUGGUCGCUCAUAUGCUUCAGUGAAUAAAAUAAUGUUUUACAUCAACCCCCAUAAUAUCAUACAAAGCCUUUUUUACCCUUAUCUGGUGAAAAGGCAAAAGAUGCUCUGGACGAAUCCAUACCAGGAACCACUGAAUCCUUGUUCUGGUUUGAUUGCACUUGCGUGAAGUUGUUUACUCAUUUUAAAUUUUUUUUGAGGAUGAUGAUUGUGAUGAUGAUGAUGAUGGUAGAUCUUGCAGCAAGGGAAAUCAGGGGUCAGAAUCUAGUUAGCAUAGACUUUCUGUGUGGGGCAUACAUCAAGGAAUUAGCCAUAGUAACAAUGGUCCUUAGUGGGAGAUGAUUAGGAAGACUAUGUAUACGUUACAAGCAAAAAUUAAAUUCUGGUUAAGAUAUUUUAUUCUUGGUUGAUUCUCAAUUUCUUUUGUCUCCUAGCCCUAAUUAUUCAUGAAAUAAGGCUAGGAGACUAAACGAGACAGAGAAUCAACCUAGGUUAAAAAAUUUUAAUCUGAAUUUAAUUUUGACCUGUAACAUAUACAUUGUAGUAAACAGCAGUAUACUUAAUUCCUUAAGGUGACACAACGACCGAGGAUGAUUACAAUUUAUCAGCAGAUACCCUAGCAAAGUAAGUGUAAGGAAACUUUUUGUUCUUCUACUCUGUACUGCAAGCAGUCAUUUUCUUUCCUCAGAUCAUCAGAACAUGUAUGUGAGCUAACCUCUGGAUAUGUAAAUUAGUAUUGAAAAACAAUGAGGGAGUAUCUAGCACACAAACUUUUUCUCCCUUUGAGAAACAAAAAAUAGUAAAAGGAAGGCUCCUUGUGCAAUCUGCUGCUAUUACCACUGCUAUUUGUAAGCAGCCUCAUUAGCUUCCUGAGAUCCAAUGUUGUGUUUGGUGGUGUUAGGACCAGUAGAAACCUCUUUCAAAUUUGAUUUAAAUGAAUAACAUGCUGUGAAACAGAGGUUAUUAAGUCUUUUUUACUAUGUUUGUGAUCUAAUUUUAGAGAUGUGAAAGAUGUUGUAGACAAGAUCUAUGAAGAUGUUGAUUCAAGGCCGAAAAUUCUUUUGGUUGGCCACAGGUAAGCAUUUGUAUGACUAGAGACAUACUACUCAUCCUAAAUAACGUCAUCAUGUACAACCACAUGUAAUGAUGCGCCAUCAUCAAGGAACACCUUAAAGUUAUUAUUACAAUUUUUUUCUGUCAGUUAUGCCCAAUUCACACCAACUAAACAUGUGUACUUAAACCAGGUUUUUAAAAACUUAUGAAAAGCAGACACGGAAAACUGGAACCCUGGUUUUUUACACAAGAUUCAAAUGAAAUUUAACCCUGUGAGCAACUUCUUCUUUGUGAGGUUGCAAAUGAAGCCAGUUGCACCUGUGAGCUGCAAAGCUGGGAGGGGGAAAAAUGGAGACUCUCUCGUGUCUUCUUUUGCAUGCUGCUUGCAUGUGACUUCUCAUGAUAUCCCUCAACUUGAGAGCAUGUUUGCACAUCAUAAUGUUUUCUUUCUGGUGACAAUUAUAAUAUUUUAUUCAUUUCCGUGUAUAUUUUUCAGCAUGGGUGGAGCAAUAGCUGUCCAUGUUGGAGUUCAGGGAUUGUUGGGCCCAUCUCUAAGUGGUCUGGCAGUUAUUGAUGUGGUGGAAGGUAAAAAACCUUAAUCCUUUAGGCCCUAAGAGUGAUAAGCAUCAAAUUUCUCCUUGUAAUAUUAAUGCUUUGUAAAACAGAGUGGUCAUUAGAAUUAAAGACAUGAUCACACAAGAUAAAUUUGCUUGAUAUUUUAUUAACUUCUCCCCACUACUUCUGUAGGGAAUGAUUAGAGGCAACAAGUGAGAUUUCAAAUUUUGAUCUUUAAGCAACUCUACCUUCGAUACUGAUUUACGGCCGCAAGCAAAGAAAAAAGAAAAGGAAAAUGAAUUACAUAAUAAUACGCUAUUAACGCAGAUCCCACAUAAAAACAAUACACAAGCUUUGAGUUUUUUCAAGUGUGGAAAAAACUGCGAUAGAAACUAUUUGUUUUGUUUCCAGGUACUGCUAUGGAAGCCCUUUCAUCUAUGCAGACAUUUCUUAAAAGUAGACCAUCUACCUUUGGCUCUUUAGAAGAGGGUAUAGAAUGGAGGUAUGGCACAGCUGUUGCCCAUCACUGCUCAUUCUUGCUAUGUAGUUAAGCCUGGUUUUUGCUAGUAACGUGAUCACUUGGCUACCAGCUAUUUCCCCAUGUUAUUAUGUAGCCACAUGGGUCUGUAUCUAUGGUGGCCCUGCAGUUGUAUGGCAGUUUUGGUUGGGUGCGCUAAGUAAUAAAGCUUAUAAAAGCAGGCAAGGGCAGAGAAACCGCGAGGAGAUUGGGGCGCUGCUCGUGCACCCAGCUCGACAAAAACACACAAAAGUGCCAUGCUACCCAGGCUAUAUCUAUGGUGGCCCUNAAUUUGCUUGAUAUUUUAUUAACUUCUCCCCACUACUUCUGUAGGGAAUGAUUAGAGGCAACAAGUGAGAUUUCAAAUUUUGAUCUUUAAGCAACUCUACCUUCGAUACUGAUUUACGGCCGCAAGCAAAGAAAAAAGGAAAGGAAAAUGAAUUACAUAAUAAUACGCUAUUAACGCAGAUCCCACAUAAAAACAAUACACAAGCUUUGAGUUUUUUCAAGUGUGGAAAAAACUGCGAUAGAAACUAUUUGUUUUGUUUCCAGGUACUGCUAUGGAAGCUCUUUCAUCUAUGCAGACAUUUCUUAAAAGUAGACCAUCUACCUUUGGCUCUUUAGAAGAGGGUAUAGAAUGGAGGUAUGGCACAGCUGUUGUCCAUCACUGCUCAUUCUUGCUAUGUAGUUAAGCCUGGUUUUUGCUAGUAACAUGAUCACUUGGCUACCAGCUAUUUCCCCAUGUUAUUAUGUAGCCACAUGGGUCUGUAUCUAUGGUGGCCCUGCAGUUGUAUGGCGGUUUUGGUUGGGUGCUAAGUAAUAAAGCUUAUAAAAGCAGGCAAGGGCAGAGAAACCGCGAGGAGAUUGGGGCGCUGCUCGUGCACCCAGCUCGACAAAAACACACAAAAGUGCCAUGCUACCCAGGCUAUAUCUAUGGUGGCCCUGCAGUUGUAUGGCUAUGAACAAGUAGCUGUUUCACCAUGUGGAUAUGUUGUAGGUAAAAUCCAUUCUCAGAUUAAACCAGUGUUAGUUUGAAUUAUCAGGAAUUUCAUCAUUUCCUAUCCAUAAAUACUCUAAAGAGACAAAGGAAAUGCUGGCUUAAUCUGAUAACGAUUUUACCCACAAAAGAUAUAUUACUCUGCUGCUACACUUGUAGCCCAAGCUGUACCUGAAAUCCACAACCUCUUUUCGCACUCACCGUAGAUAUUUUAUUCUUAUUGCUAGCAUUUGUUUGACAGACACUUGAUGGCUGAAUAACUGUUCCUAAACUUGUGGGGUACCCAAAGCUAUGAAUCUAUGAAUUAUUUGAGCAAAAAGUAAGAUUUCCCUGUUGCCCACAGGCAAAAGAAAGUUGCCAGGGAACACCAGGCCUUGUUUGAGCAUAGUUCUGGACUGUUUUGCCAUUUUCCCCCAAUGUCUGACUUGCUGUUUAAUGUUGGCUUUGUCAAUUAACAUGGUGAGGAUAUCAAUCAUAGCUAGGUGGCACUUAAGUAAUACUUAGGGCUGUAACAGUUCUGGACCACUGAAUCAACUGAAGUGAGUUAAUUUUUUUUUUCAGCGUGCGAAGUGGUCAAAUACACAAUGUGGAAUCAGCACGGGUAUCCAUGGCGGGGCAGUUAAUGAGGUAACAUUGGUUAUUCUUUAAACUGUUUGUAAUACUAUAGAGCUUUUAGCAAUCAUCAUGGGAUGGGAUUUAAAACAUGACUAAUAACGUGAAUUUUCAUUCAUUAAAACUUAUUGCAGUCUCCUUCCCUGCCCUCACUCGGCAGACAGCAUUGCAUAAGUGCCACACAAAGUGGCUGCGAAGGAGACUAUGAUAAGUUUUAAAGAAUGUGAAUUCAAGAAGGAAAAGGAAAUGAACUUUAUUCUGCCAGUGGCUCAGGUGAACAUCCUGCACACUGCAAGGUUUGGAAUGUACAAAAGUGCAUGCAUGGCAUAUGUGCAGUGUUACAAACGUGAUGGCUCAUUGUGGCUAACAUUGUAUAAUUUUACAGAUGUAACAGCAGUUGUGAAAGUGAGACAGAGAGAUGUCCAUCCAGCUCACCGUCCCCGUCACAUUUUUGUGAUGCAAUAACUGAAGAAUCACAAGAAACAACACUAACAGACGCGCCUGAAAUAACAUCAGAGACCCCUACCACCGAUUCCAAGCCAGCGGUGAGCUUUAUCACUCGUGUUUUGCUGUAAUGUAAAUUUGUACCUUUACCAUCGUCACGUUAUGUAAAAGUAAUCAUCUGCAGAACAUAAAAGUUGUUGUGGCAAUGUAGGAUCUGGAAAGGGGUUCCUGUGCAUUCCCGCUCUUUUUUCACAAAAAUCCCGCCUCCUGAACAUGUUUCAUCACUAUCUCGACUGCACUGUAGUUACCGUCGUUUCUCUACAAAGUCGGCGUUUCGCUGCAUCAUAAGGUCGAUUCGCUGCAACCAACUUUUUGUAUUAAACAGUUUAAAACAAUUUAGAAUGAAAGACAAACGGGUGAUAACGGGUUCAGUUAGCGAAACGACUUAACAAAUUUGCAGCGAAACGAAUAUACUCCCGUGUGUCUCCUCCUCUCAAGGUAAUUCGGGCAGAAACCAACUGUGGUCCGGAAUUAGCAGCUAAGCGAUACACAGAUGUCUCUCCUCCUCCAAUCAUUCUGAAGGGCAGAGGUAGAUGAACACGGGCUUUAACUCUUAAACGUCCAAAAAAUUAAGGGCAGUUUGUUGUUUUGUCCAUAGGAAGUUAAAGAAAGAUUUCAAUGGAGAAUUGACUUGUCCAAGACGGACCAAUUUUGGAAAGGUGACUUACGGAAAAGGCUCCCUUUUGGGAGUUGAUAGAAAAUAGUUAUACAGAUGCACAUUGUAUUUAUUAUCCUUAGCUUGCGGUUUUGUCUGACGAGCAAGGAAUUGAGCAUCAAAGGAACGCGCGGAACUAGCCUGCGAGUAUGCCCUCCAUUUGGAGGAUCUUGCGAGAAGUCACGCGUGAGCGGCACGCGAGAUGGAGAGCUUUCUCGCAGGCUAGCGCAAAGCGAGACAAGCCGAGCUUUUCGUCACUCGCGCACGCUCCCCCAAUAUCCUUCAUAAAACACCAUCUACGCAGGCACAUUGUAUUCGCUCAAUCAGUUUAAAACUAACGAGCCAACAUUAUAAUCAUCUAUGAUUUAACUUUUAGGUUGGUUUCAAGACAUGUCAAAAUUGUUCCUCUCCUGUCGUGUUCCAAAGCUUCUUAUCUUAGCAGGUAAUUCAUUUAUAUUCACGUUACUGAAAUUGUCUAGAAUAGCGUGACGUAGCCGUUUUAAGGGACAUGGUUGCACGGGAAACACGUUGAAAUUUACGCAACCUCGUUCUCAGGCGGCCUCUCUCCUCCUCUUCGGAGGGUCGAGUAUGAGGGAACCUGGGAGCGAGGUUGCAAAUUUAAGUUGAAGUACAUUCAGAGUUUCAGAAUACCCUAAGACUGAUCCUUCUUUUUUUUCAGGUGUCGAUCGUCUUGACAGAGACCUCACCAUAGGUCAAAUGCAAGGUUUGUACCGCAGGCAAUUUUUCUGAAUUUUCUUUCAAAAAUUUUGUGUGGAGUUGAGUUCCCAAGGACUGUAUCAAAGUUUUAAAAAGGAACUAGAAAAUCGUUGUGUUGUGUUCACGUCCUCCAGGAUACAGUAGGCUGAUUUAACAACAGAACGGGAACGUCAGUUGACGACGGCGCGCGCAAAUCAAACAACUGGCUUGUCCAAUGGCUGAGCGGCAAAUUGGGCACCGGAAGUCGAGUUUAGUCCUUUCCGCGCGCUUUCCCGUCGUCAUAUGACGUUCCCGUUCUGUUGCUAAUUCAGCCUAGUCCCGCAACGACGGCGAAGAUAUGCACAAAAAGCGUGGUGCACGUGCAAGGUUGUUGGUUUGCUAAUCUUAACCUGUUGCUUUUAUGGUGUUUUUAUGACGUUCUCGUUGUCGUGUCGUUGUCGUCGUCGUCGUCGCCGCUUAAGCUCCCUAAUAAUAAUAGCUACCUAGAAUUGUAACAUUAAUCCAUCUUUGAUUGAAAGAGUUGAUUAAAUUAGUUUUCUUUGGAAUGAAUGAUGACACUAAGAUGUUAUCUAAAAGCAGAAAAGUUAAAUUUGUAUUUUGUUCUGUUAUGCCGCGAAUAUAAGGCUGUUUAGAUGGAGAGAGAAAGAUCCUAGCACCAGGAAGAUCCUCGAAGGCGGAUCAUCCUAGCGUCAUAUGUUUUCUGUAUUCGGUUUACAUGCAAAGGCUUGUACUUUUCCCUAGCGCUAGGAUCUUCGUCGAUGUACUAGCAAGAUCCUAGCACCAUGUAAACUGCCUACGCUAAAAAGAUUGUACUAUUGUACUAACCGACGCCAUUUUUGUCUAGUUUGUCCCCCGGAUGCUCUUAAAAACCGCCACGAACGUCAUAAAAAGCGCAGCCCGGAGAAGAUUCGUUCUGUGGCUAAUCACGACAAUAAAUACCGACAAUUUUCGUUUGGCGUGACCACGAUCUGAUUAUUGUGAUAAUUCUGCUGUAAGGUAGAAAGGUGAGAGCAGAAGGGCCCAAAUUACAUUUUUGUUUCGUCCGUUAUUUUUAAUUCUUUCUCGAUCCUUCUCUACUUGGGCACCACACGGACCGAAAUUUCUGCAUGUAAACCCAACGAAAGGUUGUUUCGCCUUCAACGAUCUCCCUCCCUCCUCGGUGGUAAACAGCCGCUAUAUUAAUUUUCUAUGUUCAUUGUGUUUAGGUCAAUUCCAGUUGCAAGUGUUGUCUCGAUGUGGGCACAGUGUCCAUGAAGACGCCCCCGAUAAGGUUAGAAGCAGUUUACGUUAAAACGCUGAGGGCGUCUUGAUUUUUGUCCUUUUAAAGGGUUGGUUUGGAACCCAAGGACUCUUUUCACGGAUUUCGACAGAUCUAAUGGGAAUGUGCAAGUUCUAAAGUACUGCUGUCGAGGUUUCACUUAAAUGGUUACACCUUAGGAUUUCGCACUAGCAUGUUGAUGUUAGAACAUCACAUCUCACUAAAACAACGUUAUACAAAACAAAUUAUGUCUCCUUUUUGCUGCAGGUUGCAGAAGUUCUGGUAGCUUUCCUGGUGCGCUUAAAACUUGCACAGGCGAAGGAAAACUUUCGUAGGUAA